AUGCGGCUACAGGCGACGCUCCUUCUGCUCGCCUCGUGCGUUCCCUCGGCAUUGGCCAUCUACCCCGACGAGAUCGGCCACGUUGAUUUCCACCAUGCCCUUGUUGGAGUCCCCUCGUCUCACUCGACCUUCUUCCUUCGGCCCUCUUCCUCGUCUCCUGCUUCCUUACUCUACACCCUAUCGGAAAAGUCCCUCCUUGGCGCCAUAAACCCUCGAGAUGGCUCGGUAGUAUGGCGACAAAACGUGUCCCGCUCCUCGCUUCCGGCUGCCCAGAGCUCCGGCCACGACGGCAUCCUACGCGCAUCCGACGAAACAAACGCCGUUGUCAGCGGUCUAGGCGAUUAUGUCUCGUCGUGGAGUGCGCUAGAUGGUAAAUUGAUCUGGGAGAACUGGUUUGCGGGCGGAUCCGUGGCCGACCUCGAGCUCCUGGAGCUGGAAGAUGCCGCUACUCCGGCUUCCGCGGCCAAGGACGCGAUUGUGCUCUUCGGAGGCAAGACUGGCGUUGUGCGCAGGUUGGACGGCGAUUCCGGAGAUGUGAAGUGGGAGCAUAAGGAUGAAAGCAACGACCUUCCGUUCCAAGUUUCAUCCUCUGCCACAGAUGUAUUCUACAUUUCGCUUCAACCCGCGCUGUUGAAGGGCCACAAGAUCAAGGUUACCUCCCUGGAUCCCGUCACUGGAAGACAAGGCCACCAAUCGAUCCUCAACUCCGAGAGCGACGUGUCCGGCCCCGAGUCUGUCCUUUUCGUUGGUGCGAACACCGCCGCGCCGUUGAUCGUCUGGGCAGACAAGUCAAACAAGACUCUGAAGUUCAAUGUGAUCGGAACGAAACAAGUGAGCAGCGUCAACAUCGAAAAUACCAGCGGCGAGGAUAUCCGCUCCAUUACUGUCCACGCCGCGAAGAAGCUUAAUUCGCUGCCUCAUGUCCUGGUUCAUUACGAGACGGAAUCCGGCUCCUGGGCCCGAAUGUCGAAAGCCUAUGAUCUGCCCUUUAUUCGCGGCUGGUCUGUAUUUGCAACAAGCACCAAGGACGCGAAUGUGUACUUCACCCGCAUCACCGAGUCCGAGAUGAUCGUUGUCUCGUCUGCCUCCCACGGUGUCCUCGGGAGAUGGCCUCUUGCGACACCUCCCACCGAGCGCGGUCUGCAUGCUGUUUCGGAGGUAGUCACAAAGGGCGAUUCCGUUGCCGUUCGGUCGGCCACUGUCCUCAGUUCGGGUGAUUGGCAACUCAUCCGUAAUGGCCAGACCGAGUGGACCAGAUACGAAGCCCUUGGUGACGUCUUGGCCGCGAACUGGGUGGAAGAUGAUGACCAGGAAGACCUAGCCCAUCAGCUGGAGGUUGAGGGACACGAGAGUCUUUUGAAGGCGUAUGUCCAUCGUGUCAAGCGUCAUCUCAACGACCUUCAGCAUCUUCCCGAAUGGCUUCAGGGUCUCCCGAAACGCAUCGCCACCAGCUUUCUCACCGACGAAGUCUCUAAUCUCGACGGGUUCGGUGUCUCCAAGCCUGUCAUCGUGGCCACCAAGAACGGACGGGUGUACGCGCUCGAUACCGGAAAGCAAGGCACUGUUGCCUGGAGCGUGAAGGCCGCGGAGGGGGACUCGUGGAACGUGAAAGCUAUUGUUCCUCAUCCCGGCUCUGCGACCAUCUACGUUGAUGAUGGCAGCUCGGUCACCUUGAACACCACGUCUGGAGCAAUCCUCAAGCGCAGUCCGGCUACGACUCAGAUCCGUUCCAUCGCCGUCAUCAACGACGACGAAUCCCCCAUCACCAUCGGCAUCAAACCUGAUGGAUCUCCAGUGGAGUCGGUCGACCGGCCAGGAUUCUUCGUCACCCUCAGCGACGAUGGUCGCGUGCUCGGAUGGAGCGCGAAAGACUCCAGGACCCCUGUAUGGGACUUCUUCCCCGCCCCGGGACAGAAGAUCAUUCACGCGACGGCCCGGCCCUCCCACGACCCUGUCGCAUCUAUCGGCAAGGUCCUCGGCAACCGCUCCGUGCUGUACAAGUAUCUGAACCCCAACCUCGCCCUGAUCACCGCUGUGGGCGACAAAACCGCCAGCUUCUACCUCCUAGACGCCGUAUCAGGCAAGAUCCUUCACGUCAGCACACAGGAGAACGUCGACACGACGCAGCCCAUCGCAUCCGCCAUCUCGGAGAACUGGUUCGCCUAUUCCUUCUGGGGCGAUGCCGCAGAUCCCUCCGACGCGAAGGGUUACCAACUCGUGGUCUCGGAGCUGUACGAGUCGCCGCUUCCUAAUGACCGCGGCCCUCUCGACUCCGCAGCCAACUACUCCAGCAUCGACCCGCUGCCUCUCCCGCACGUUGUCUCGCAAUCCUUCAUCAUCCCCGAACCCAUCUCCCACAUGGCAGUCACCCAAACCCGCCAGGGAAUCACCACCCGACAACUCCUCUGUACCCUACCAUCCUCGAACUCCCUCAUUGGCAUCCCCCGUCCCGUUCUGGACCCCCGCCGCCCCGUCGGCCGCGACGCGACCGCCACCGAGGCUGAGGAGGGCCUCUUCAAGUACAACCCGUUCCUCGAAUUCGACGGCAAAUGGUACCUCUCGCACGCGCGGGAUGUCGCCGGCAUCCGCACCGUGUUGUCCGCUCCGACUCUGCUAGAGAGUACGAGUCUGAUCUUCGCCUUUGGUGGGGACGUCUUCGCCACGCGUGCAACACCCAGCCAGGCAUUCGAUAUCCUCGGUAAAGGAUUCUCCAAGUUGCAGCUGUUGUUGACGAUUGUGGCGUUGGCGGUGGGAGUUGUUAUUUUGUCGCCGAUGGCCCAGAAGAAACGAGUAAACCAACUGUGGAAAUCAGCAUGA